AUGUCUUAUCCAACCCGAGGUCAACACCCUCAAGGAUGUUUGAAUCUUGCCCACUCAGUCCACCACACCUCACCGGAGCUAUUGCACCACCAGUACCAACCUCAAGGUUUCCAUGGGCACGCUAGCACCAUCAACACAAGUGAUGGCUCCCACACACUUUUUGAACAUGAACAUCAAAUAGCUGGUCCUGCGGGAGGCCCAACUGAAAAGCAUCAGCACCCUCGCAAGGUCAAACCCGAGGACAAGAGCGGCCACCCUGCUCAUCGAGGGCAUGUUGAUCCUGCCAUGUAUGUGUAA